AGCUUUAUGCACCUGCACAAGGAAGGGGAGAAAUAAAUUGUUGACAGGAGGGGAAGGCCAUCCUUGGGAGAAGUUGGAACAUUCUGGAUGUCUGGAGUGAGGAUGUAGCUUGGAGAAAAAUGUGGAUAAUGGAAGCUUUGCUUCAAUCCUGCCUCUGUUCUGUAGCACUUGUUUUAAACAAAGAGCUCCAACUGCAGUCUGCUUACUAGAGCAAUGUCGUACCUUGCCAAACUUUUCAAGUACAUCGAUGACAAUCAGGAGUUAUAUGUCAAACGCCUGGCAGAUUGGGUGGCAAUUCAGAGCAUCUCGGCAUGGCCAGAGAAGAGAGAUGAAACCAAAAGGAUGGUGGAAUUUGUCGGCAAAGAGAUAGAACGACUGGGUGGAUCUGUGGAACUGGCUGAUAUUGGACAACAAACGCUGCCUGAUGGAACAAAGAUUCCUCUUCCUCCAAUCCUAUUGGCCACACUAGGCAAUGAUCCAAAAAAGAAGACUCUAUGUAUCUAUGGUCAUCUGGAUGUUCAACCUGCCCAAAUUGAGGAUGGAUGGGACACUGAGCCCUUCACAUUGGUAGAAAAAGAUGGAAAACUAUAUGGGAGAGGUUCCACCGAUGACAAAGGACCAGUGCUGGCAUGGCUGAACUGUAUUGAAGCUCUUCAAAAACUAAAGGAGGAUAUCCCGGUUAAUAUCAAGUUCUGCUUUGAAGGAAUGGAGGAGUCUGGAUCAGAUGGUCUUGAUGACCUGGUGUAUGCUCGCAAAGAUACCUUUUUCAAGGGUGUGGAUUUUGUCUGCAUUUCCGAUAAUUACUGGCUUGGCAAGAAGAAACCCUGUAUAACGUAUGGUCUCCGAGGUAUCUGCUACUUCUAUGUGGAGGUUGAAUGCUCCGAUAAGGAUCUGCAUUCUGGAGUCUUUGGUGGUACAAUACAUGAAGCGAUGACAGACCUGAUAUAUUUACUGGGCAAGUUGGUGGACAGAAAGGGAAAAAUUCUCAUUCCUGGUGUUGAUGAAUCAGUGGCACCACUCACAGAGAAGGAAAAGACAUUGUAUGAUAAAAUAGACUUCGAUAUGGAAGAAUAUUGUAAAGAUGUUGGUGCCUGUAAGCUGCUGCAUGACACUAAGCAACAAAUUCUGAUGCACAGAUGGAGAUACCCUUCCUUAUCUUUACAUGGAAUUGAGGGGGCUUUUGCUGGUUCAGGAGCUAAAACAGUCAUUCCUAGGAAAGUUAUCGGGAAGUUUUCUAUUCGGUUGGUGCCAAACAUGGAUCCAGAGGUGGUUGAGAAGCAGGUAGUGGAUUACAUCAAAAAAAUCUUUGCUGAAUAUGGGAGUCCCAACACAUUGAAGGUAUACUUUGGUCAUGGUACAAAGGCCUGGCUAGCAGACUGUAACCAUCCUCAUUACAGAGCUGGCAGGAAUGCAAUGAAAACAGUAUUUGGAGUUGAGCCAGAUAUGACCAGAGAAGGUGGAAGCAUUCCAGUUACCUUGACAUUCCAGGAAGCUACAGGAAAAAGUGUUAUGUUACUGCCGAUUGGAGCUGCAGAUGAUGGCGCUCAUUCACAGAAUGAGAAAAUCAACCGGACCAAUUAUAUUCAGGGAAUCAAGGUGCUUGGUGCCUACUUCCAUGAAAUAUCUUCUUUGAAGUGAAAAUUGCACUGGAAUGAUAAAAUUGCUGAAGUGAUUUCUAAAACUGUACAUCCAACUGAAUUUGUUUAAUUAUCCAGUGAUAAUAUCUUCAUACAUGUAUGUAAUGUGUUAUGAAGUAGAUACAGUAUUGUGAAAUCAAGCUGUAAAUAUUAGAGAAUCUGGUUUAAUCUCUUUAUUGCUUAACUGUAAGACUACAUUUUGUUCUUAAACACUCAUAUUGCUCAAAUGUUCUUGUGAAUUAUUAUACCAGUUACUUUUGGUUUCCAUUUUGUAAAUGGUGUGGUAAAAUGGCUGCAGUUAAAAGCUUAAACCUCCAAAUGUGGAAUUUCUGUUUGAAAAUAAUAGGAAUGCAAGUUUUUGAUCCACUAGAUAUAAAUUUCUCAGCCUUUUAUUAAAAUACCUCAAUUCCAA